AUGACCGAAAGGUUGGCUGCAAGAGGGAUCUUGGUAAACAAAUAUAAAUGGGAUGAAGAUGAUGGGCCUGACCAUGAUGACGUAACAAAGAUAUAUGUACGAGUUGGAGUGAAAGGCAUACAGUAUAUAUAUUUUGACUAUGUCAAGAGUGGAAUACAGAAAGAAGGAUCAUCCCAUGGUCCGGUGACUCGUGGCUGCACACAGAUUUUUGAGAUUGACCAUCUAAGAAAUGAACAUCUGGAAUCUGUUGAUGGUUACUACACUGACCCUGAACGUAUUCAAGCACUUCAAUUCAAAACAAAUUUCAGGACUUCUGAACUCUUUGGAUUUAAAGACGAUGGUACUAAGUUUACCCUUCAAGUCUAUGGGAAGAAGAUAAUUGGAUUUCACGGAUCUUCUUAUUUACAACUUGGCUCUCUUGGAGCAUAUGUAACUUGGAUCACCCCUAUUAGACUGGAUGAGAAAGGAGGUAAGGGAGGCAAGGAGUGGGAUGAUGGAUCAGACCAUGACGAUAUAUCAAAGAUUCAUGUACGAGGUGGUUCUCAAGGCAUACAGUUCAUCAGGUUUGACUAUGUCAAGAAUUAUAAAGGACUAGAAAGUGGCUCCAUCCAUGGUGUCUCUAGCAGAGGAGGUUUUACACAGACGUUUGAGAUCGACUAUCGCAUGGGAGAAUAUCUGGUAUCUGUGGAGGGGUACUAUGACUAUGCCUCUGGAGUCAUUCAAGGACUUCAAUUCAAAACUAACAUGCAAACAUUUGAUAUGAUGGGAUAUGAAAAGGGUAGGAAGUUUACACUUGAAGCCAAUGGAUUUAGGAUCAUCGGUUUUCAUGGAUAUGCAGAGAAGAAUCUCAUUCUCAACUCUCUUGGAGUAUAUUUCACAACGCAAACUCCGAACAAAUUAAAAUGCCAAGGUCUAACUGAAGGUAUACUUUGGGACGAUGGGUCUAAUAAUGACGGCAUAAGAAAGGUCUACGUCGAUGAUACAGGGGACUGGAAGAUAAGAUGUAUCAGGCUAGCGUACGUUAACAACGGCAAAGUGGAAAAGACUCAUCGUCGGUAUAAUGUCGAUAACGAAAAAGAGUUUGUGCUCGACUAUCCAAAUGAGCUGAUCACAUCUGUGGAAGGGACUAUGAGUACUAAUUCCGAUACCGAUAUUCGGUCCUUGAGACUGAAAACAUCGAAAGGUAGAACCAUUUCGUUUGGCAGUAAGUCUGAUGAUGUUACCAAAUUUGUACUGGAGAAAAAAGGUAAUGCUAUUGUUGGCUUCUAUGGAUGGACUUCAUUUUAUAACCUUAAAGCUAUUGGAGCAUAUUAUCGUCCAUUUCCUACUCCUCCUGAUGAAAAUAUACUAGAAGCAAAGGGUGGAGAUGGAGGAACUUCUUGGGACGAUGGUGGUAGUUUCCAAGGUGUUCGAAGGAUAUACAUUGGACUUAGCCAGAACGGUGUUUCCUUCAUCAAGUUUAUGUACUACAAAAACGACCAACUUCUCUUCGGAGAGGAUCAUGGGAACAAGACCAAAAUUGGAGUCCAAGAGUUUGAGCUGAAUUUUCCAAGUGAAUAUAUCACAACAGUGGAGGGUACUUAUGAUACUAAAUCCGGAGUUAUUACCAUGCUUAGGUUCAAGACCAAUAAACAAACCUCUCCAGCUUUUGGACUCGUUACAACAUCAGGCUUCAUACUCCAAAAGGCCGAUCACAAGAUCGUCGGUUUCCAUGGAAAAUCCAGCAACAUGCUUCAUCAAAUCGGAGUCCACCUGAGUUUGAUCAUCUGA